AUGCUCAUCAGCAUGCUGGACCACCAGCUGAAGGGCGGAGACUACAGCAGUGCUCUUCUCAGCGCUCUCGCGGUGAUAGGUAUUGCUGAGAAUAGCAGCUGGGUUCAGAUCACAGACUACACGAUAAAGUACUCAGCCGUGGUUAAGGUAGCAUGCAUGCUGGUGAUCCAUCAGGGCUGGAAGAACAACCAGGCGGCAUCCAUCAUCUUCGUCACGCCUGAGUUAGCUGUCACAAAGGGGUUCAGGGACUUCAUCGCACAGCUGGAAGGGAGGCAGGCGCUGGACUGCGUCGUCGUGGACGAAUGCCACGUCGUGCUUGAGGGGUCACAGAGCUUCCAGCUGCAGCUCAGAGAGCUUGGAGAGGUGAUUCGCAAGUUCGGCGUACAGACGAUAUGCUUAACGGCAACGCUUACGCCGACGGACGAGGCAGCUUUCUUCUAUGUGAUGCGACUAGAGGCAAGCUGUUGGGUGAGCAAGCUUCUGGCUGGCGGCAGGCGAGGCAAGGCUGUUAUGUACGCCAUAUCGAUCGAGCGGGUGGAGCGUUUGGGGUUGGCGCUAGGGUGCGCUAUAUUCUUCAGCGAUGUCGACUCAACAGAAGGCAAGGCGGCUCAGCUUAAGGCGUGGCGUCAAAGCAACAGGGCUGAGGGCGUCAUGGUUGCAACGAACGCACUAGGACUAAGCAUCAACAUCCUGGACGUGCAGCUUAUGAUCUACGCCGAUAUGCUAAUAGGACUCUAA